AUGAGUGCCGAUUUGAAGGCGUUGUUGGAAGCGCAAAACGACUUCCACGGGCGAAUGUCCCGCUCCGUGGACAAUCUGCGCAAGAUGGGCGUCUCGAGCAUCACGGCCGAAGCAGUCCAGGCUCGCCUCCGCAUCCUCGACACGCUGUGGACCAAAUUUGAGGCUCAUCAUGACCUCAUCAGGACAACUCUGAAAGAUAAAUAUCUCGAGAGUGAGUACGCUAAGGCAGACUUUAUCGAUAUCGCGGAAUCAACUUACGUGUCUCAGCGAAGCAUACUUGUCGAAUACGCGAACAGUCUCAAAGACGAGGCGUCGAUCACGCCCAAGACCGAGCGCCAAGAGCAGACGCUCAAAACUUCGUUGCCGCGGAUCAAGCUCCAGUCGUUCUCUGGGGCAUACGGAGAUUGGCCCGCGUUUCGCGACAUCUUUCAGUCCAUCGUCGGCAGCAAUGCGUCCAUCUCCGACGUGGAAAAGCUGCACUAUCUCCGCACGAGCUUGCAGGGUCCUGCGGAAAAGCUAAUAAGAUCGUUGCCAAUUGUCGGGGGCAAUUACGAGCGAGCCUGGUCCAUCCUCAGCUCACAUUAUGAGAACAAGCGGGAACUCAUUCGCGCCAACUUCGCCGCCUUUAACGCUGUGGCAAAAAUGAAAGCCGCGACUGCCGACGAGCUUAGCCGCGUUUAUAAUGCCGCCACCACUGCCAUUAAUGCUCAGGAGAGCAUUGCCAGGCCUAUAGACACGCAUGGAAUGGACCUCUUUAAUUACUUACUUAUCGAGCGAUUCGAUGCGCAAACCCGGAUGCAAUGGGAGUCCUCCAUCCGUGACUCCGUCGAUCCGCCAAGUAACGACGUGCUUAUGGACUUCAUCGCGAAGCAAAUCCUGACGCUGAACGCCGUGCAGCCAGCCACCGUCGCGAAAUCCGGAGAAGCUUCCCGGUCCGCGAAGUCUCACUUCGUGAAGCGCGCUUCGGACUCCUCAGUUUGCGCCGUCUGUAAAGAGAAACAUUCCGUUAUGCAGUGCGCGACGUUUAAAGCCAAGACCGCGACCGAACGGAAAACCCUGGUGGAGGCGCACAAGCUCUGCUUCAACUGCCUCGGGAACCACUUCCUGGCGAAAUGCCAAUCGACGAAAACGUGCUUCACAUGUAAGGCACGACACCACACUAUGCUGCACGACGCGUACUCGCAAGCCGAUGGAGCAGCUUCGUUGUCUGCCACGCACUUCGCGUCUGACCGCAAGGCGAUCCUUCUCGCCACCGCUCGGGUCACCAUCAAAGACCACCUGGGGAGACCGCACGACGUUCGAGCGCUAAUUGACCAAGGGUCCGAGGUCUCUCUGGUCACGGAGGCUCUGGCCCAGCGGUUGCGUCUGCCGCGGGACCGCUCUUCGAUGAAGAUAGCCGGGAUCGGAGGAGCAACCGGAGCAACUCGUGGACGGCUGUCAAUGACGCUAUCCUCCCCAAUCACUGGAGCAGCAUUCCCGCCGAUCCACAAUACCUUGACCGAGAUCGAGAUAUUGCUCGGCGCGGACGCUUACUCCGCCAUCCUCCAGGAUGGGCUCCGCAAAGGACGUAAGGACGAGCCAAUAGCGCAAAGGACCUCACUCGGAUGGAUCUUGUCGGGCGGUCAUCGAGCCACGAAACAAGCCGGCCACACCGCCCAUCAAUGUACGGUCGAUCACGAGCUGAACGAUCUCGUGAAGCUCUUCUGGGAGCAGGAAAAGGAACCUGUCGCUCCCGUCGCGCUCACUCCUGAGGAGAAAAGAUGCGAAGACAUCUUCGCCCGCGAGCACUCACGCACUAACGCCGGGCGUUACAUGGUGAGGCUUCCCUUCGCCGGAACUGCACCCUCUCUGCCAGAAACCCGCCGGCCGGCCGAGCGUUUGCUCCACGCCAUGGAGCGCCGCUGCGAGAAGGACGCUCGAUUCGGCAACCUCUACCGCAGCUUCAUGAAGGACUACGAGGACCUGCAACACAUGGAAGCUGUAACUUCAUCAUCACAACGGGAAGAUACCGCACGGUGCUACUUACCGCAUCACGGAGUGUUGCGAGAGACGAGCACCACUACGAAGCUCAGGGUUGUGUUCAACGGCUCUCAGCUCACAACCUUGGGCACCUCACUGAACGCCAGCCUACUGACGGGAGCCAACCUCUUGCCAGCUCUCGCGGACGUGCUGCUUCGUUGGCGCUGGCACCGCUAUGUCUUCGUGGCGGACAUCGAGAAGAUGUACCGCCAAAUCCUCAUCCACCAGGACGACCGCGAUCAUCAGCGGAUACUUUGGCGGCACAGUGCCGCCGACGACAUCCGCGAAUACCGCCUACGAACGGUCACGUAUGGCUUGGCGUGCGCGCCGUUCCUUGCCAUACGGACCUUGCACCAGCUCGCCGAUGACGAGGGUACACGUUUCCCGCGGGGAGCUGCCGCGCUGCGCCGCGAUACCUACGUGGAUGACAUCGUGACCGGCGCCGGCACCCUUUCGGAAGCCACUUUAGCCCAGCGAGAGCUCCGCGGCCUCUGCAUGGCGGGCGGGUUUCCGCUUCGGAAGUGGGCGACGAACGACCUCCGCAUCCUGGACGGCGUUCCGCACGAGCACCGGCUCACCCACUCACCUCACUCGUGGUUUCACGAAAGCCACACCACACUAGGUCUUCACUGGCAUCCGGCCGGUGACCACUUCACCUUUUCACAACAGGCGCGUCACUUCGAUGAACUCACUAAACGACGCGUGCUGUCUGAGACCGCCCGAAUGUUCGACCCGCUGGGCUGGCUCACUCCGGUCACGAUGCGAGCAAAAAUCUUAAUCCAGUCCGCCUGGCUCCAGAAGCUAGACUGGGAUGCUCCUCUUCCAUCAACGGACGCACUUGCUUGGAAGAGCCUGCUCACUCAACUCCCACGCCUCAACGAGAUAAGGGUAUCUCGUUGGCUCGGCAGCGACGGUUCGCACUCACACGUUGACCUCCACGGAUUCGCCGACGCAUCGGAGCGAGGAUACGCCGCCGUGGUGUACCUCCGCUCCUCCACUCAAAAGGGCACCACGAUCCACUUGCUCAACGCGAAGGGCAAGGUCGCCCCCGUGAAGCCCGUGUCCUUGCCGCGACUCGAGUUGUGCGCUGCCGCCCUCUUAACGAACCUCGUUGCUCACACGCGCACUUUAUUGAGUCUGUCCGCAGCCCCCGUCUUCCUCUGGUCAGAUUCCAAGGUAACACUUCAUUGGAUUCACGGUCACGCCUCCCGCUGGAAGACCUACGUGGCCAACAGGGUGUCUCUGAUCCAAGAGCAACUGCCCGAAGCGCGAUGGCGACACGUGCCGGGAAGGGAUAACCCGGCUGACUGCGCCUCCCGAGGCAUCCUGCCUGACGACCUGGCCGAUCAUCUUCUCUGGUGGACCGGACCAUCCUGGCUCCUAGAGGACGAGGCGAGGUGGCCAAGUGACGACGGCGCCCUGCUGGACGCUGACUUGCCGGAGCGUAGAGCCGUCGCCUCACUGGCGGCUGCCGUCAAGGACGUUUCUGAGUCGGCCUUCCUUCUCCGGUUCUCAUCGCUGCACCGGCUCCUCAGAGUGACUGCCUGGUGUCUUCGAUGGCGACGAAACGACACCCGGAGACCUCGCGGCACCACUGACACCGCACGAUCACUCGAAGCUUGCGAAAUCGAAACCGCACUCACUCGCUGGAUUCACACCACUCAGGCACUGCACUUCCACGACGAAUUCAACGCACUACGCAAAGAACGUGCCUUGCCACCGCGGAGUCCGCUCACGAGUCUGAAUCCGUUCAUCGAUGACAGCGGAGUGAUGCGUGUCGGAGGACGACUGAAACACGCCAUGCUGUCUCACGACGAGCGGCAUCCCAUUAUAAUUCCGCCGGAAUCCAGGCUGACUCACCUGAUGGUCGAUUCCUGUCACCGGCGAACCCUGCACGGAGGAGUGCAGCUCACCCUCGGGUUGCUGCGCCAACGGGUCUGGAUCCUGCGUGGUCGAGCGGUCGUUAAACGGGUCAUCCACCGAUGCGUCACCUGCACGCGAUGGAAAGCCGCCGCUCCACAACCGAUGAUGGGCAAUCUCCCCCGAGAGCGAGUGACUCCUGCACGCCCGUUCCUGCGCACCGGAGUCGACUACGCCGGCCCGAUCUUCAUCCGGACCAGCAAGGGGCGAGGCCACAAGGCGAGCAAGGGCUUCAUCUCAGUCUUUGUCUGCCUCAGUACCAAGGCCGUUCACCUCGAGGCCGUCACUGACUACUCGGCAGAGGCAUUCCUGGCCGCCUUCCGCCGCUUCGUCUCCCGGCGAGGCCUCUGCCAUGAAAUUUUCUCCGACUGCGGCACGAACUUCGUCGGGGCGGAUCGAGAGCUACGAGAACUGUUCCGCGCUUCCUCCUCCGACGGCCGUCGGAUAGCUCUCGCUACAACCUCCGACGGCGUGAGAUGGAGAUUCAACCCCCCGGCAGCUCCACACUUCGGCGGACUCUGGGAGGCAGCCGUAAAAUCCACGAAGCACCAUCUCCGCAGGGUCAUCGGCGAGGCCACCCUCACCUACGAGGAGAUGGCGACGCUCCUCGCUCAGGUGGAGGCGUGCCUGAAUUCACGCCCGUUACAGCCGCUGACGGACGACCCCGACGACGUGACGGCACUCACACCCGGGCACUUCCUGAUCGGAGCGCCCCUUCUGGCCGUCCCAGAACCGCCCCUCACCGCCGAGAAGGACACUGCACUCUCCCGGUGGCGACUUCUCCAGAAGAUGCGCGACCACUUCUGGGAACGGUGGUCGCGCGAAUACCUGGGCACCCUGGCCGCAAGACCGAAAUGGACCAGGGAUGAGACCGGCCCCAGCAUCGGCGACCUGUGCCUGCUCCGGUCCGAGAUCACACCCCCGACCAGAUGGCCGCUCGCCCGCAUCACGGCACUGCACCCCGGAGACGAUGGAAUCACCCGCGUGGUCACCCUCCGCACGGCGACGUCGAAGUUUACUCGGCCACUCGCGAAAAUCGUCCUCCUGCCGGGGGCCGACACCGCAGCACCAACAACUCCGGUCUCGUGA